AGUAUAUGAUGGCAUUUUGAUUUACGCCAUCUAUGGAUUUUUACGACAACUAAAACACUGUGUUAUUUAUCAGCGCCUCUAGCGGUGACUUUUGUGACAUUUGUCAAAGUCUUGGUCAAUUUGGGCAUUUGUCAAUCAAUUUUUUAGUUUUUCUUCGCUAAAUCACUGUAAGGAUGUCCAAACUAAUCGCCUCCGUGCCAACACUGGCUGGAAAACUGGCCGCCGAAGCCCGUCCAAGGCUCAACGUGUUCAUGAAGUACGCCAAAGUGGAGCUCACCCCUCCAACACCCGCCGAUAUUCCACAAAUUAGGGCUGGAAUCGCCCGUUUGAUGGCUGGUGCCAAAAACGGUACCUGGAAAAACCUUACUGUUAAAGAGGCCUGGUUGAACACCCUCGUGGCCGUCGAGGUCGGUUGUUGGUUCUACGUUGGCGAGUGCAUUGGAAAACGCCACAUUGUAGGCUACGAUGUCUAAGUUGUUUUUUGUGUAAAGUAGGUUAAUUAUUAAAGAAAUAAAACUAUUGUACUUUA